CGAACGCUCUUUCUCAACCCUCUCUCUUUUACACCGGCACUCUCUCUCACUAACCUGUACAGAGUAUGUAUGAAGUUUGAAUAUUCUCUCUCCUCGCUCUACAUCUCUCUACCUCUUCUAAAAACCCUAGCUUCCAAUAACGCGAUCUUUAUCAGGUUGUCUUAUGGUAUGUAGCAAUGACAGUCACUGGGAUGGCAAUGAAUCAGCCUGAGAAAAUUAAUAACCUCCCAGCUACUACCACUGCUAAGGUUCAGAAUUCGGCUCCAGGGUUCAAACGAUGGGGGAGGAAAUCACCAUUUAUUAGAUACGGGCUUCCUAUGAUUUCACUCACUGUGAUUGGGGCGCUUGGCCUCGGUCAUCUCCUGCAAGGGAGCAAGGAUAUUGAAAAGGUGAAAGAUGAUCAGGCAUGGGAGAUCAUUGAGACUAAAAAAGCACUGUCUAGAACAGGACCCGUGGAAGCUUAUAAGCCGAAAAAGAUUUCAUUAGAGGAGGAGCUAGAGGAUUUGCAAAAGAAGGUUGACAUAAACAAUUACGAGUAUAAGAAAGUUCCUAGGCCCGAUGAAGGCAAGUCAAGCUAAUAUCCAGGUUAAUAGGGUUUCGGAUUUUCAUUUAACUUCAUAAAUGUAAUAUUGUUUUUCAUCUCACAACUAUGACUCUACGAAGAGAAACGAAUUUCUGAUAUGGUUUGAGACGAGCAUCUGGCGUUUUGCUGCA